AUGGAGGUGUCUCCGUUCAGCUUUACCCCCGAGAGGUACUGGACGGAGGAGAAAGAAAGGGCGCUUAUAGCGUUUUUCUCCAAGCACAGUUGCUUGUGGAACCACAAGUCAGAGAGCUACAAGAACCGGCAGCUGCGAUGGAAAACUCUCCAGCGCCUGAGGAUCCUCCUCUCAUCUCACCCCCCUCCCAUUCCUUUCACAGUGGAAGACAUCAAGAACAAGUUCAAGAACCUUCGUACCACCUUUCAGCGUCAGCACAAAAUGGUCCGAGCCAGCCAGGUGGUCGGCCAGGACGAGGUGUUUGUGCCUCAGUGGAAGCACUACCAGCAGCUGACCUUCCUGCUGGGCAGCUGGGACCAGGACGACGACAGCGAGGGGCUGCAGGCCCAGGAGGAGAGCCCGCCUGCCCUCCCCUCCCCAGGACUAGUCAUCUCCUUCGGCCCGAACACGUCGGCGUCCCUGAACGCCAGCCCUUCUUCUUCUGCCCCCUCCAGCGUCUCGGCGAAGUCCUGCUGGACUGAAGAGAAGGAGCGGUGGGUCAUUUCUUUCUAUUCAGAGCACAGCUGUUUGUGGAAGAAGAGGUCUGAAAACCACAAUAACCGACAGCUCAGGCAGAAGCUCCUGGAGUCCCUGAGGAGUCAGGUGUCUGACGACUCCACCUCUUUCUCAGUCGAAGACAUAAAAUGCAAGUUCAAGAACCUCCGCACCGUUUUUAACCGUGAAUACAAGGCAGUGCUGGCUAGCCAGGUUUCUGAGAAGCACUACGUGUCCAAAUGGAAGCACUACCAGCAGCUGCUCUUCCUCUGCGAGUCCUGCGACGAGGACGCCGCCGACCUGCAGAUACUCGCCGCCCAGGAGGGCCAGGCCAUGGAGUACGACACCCAGCCUGUGUCCUCCUCCCAGACUGACGGCGUCCAGCCCAGCAGCACCUGUGCCCCCUCCAGCUCCGGCCAAUGCGACGGUAGCACCAGCGCCGCCCUCCAGGAGUUCCUCUCAGCAGCUGCAGACUGUCUCCAGACAGACAACCAGACGCCUGCUCCCUCACUCCCCGCCUCUCCAUCCCCAAAGUCCUGUGGAGAUCCAUCCCUGUUGAAUCCCUCUGCAUCCGGUCCGGUUCAGCCGGACGGCCGGGUGAUGGCCGACACGCGCUGCCUCUGGAGCGAGGCCAAAGUCCAGCAGCUCAUAGCUUUCUACUCUGAGCACGGCUGUCUGUGGAACCACAGGUCGGAGAACUACAGGAACCGGCCGCUGAGGCAGAGCCUGCUGGAGACGCUGAGCGGUCUGCUCCUCAGCGGCCGGACACAGGGCCGUCCGGCACGCCUCCACGUCCCGCUCAUAACGGCCUUUUGUCCCUUGUCCCGCAGUGGAAGACAUCAAGACAAAGUUCCGGAACCUGCGCACCAUCUUCCAGCGGGAGCACAAGGCGGUGAGCUCCAACAGGACCUGCGGCUCCGAGGACUUCUACCUGCCCAAGUGGAAGCACUACCAGGAGCUGAUGUUCCUGUGCGAGUCCUGCGACGAGGAGGAGGAGCCGCCCCACCUCCACGAGAGCGCCCCCCCCCCCAGAGCACCCCGCCCUCGCCCACGCCCCCGGACUCCCAGCUGUCCACCCCCUCCUCCUCCCCCUCCACCGCCUCCUCCCUGCCGGACGGCAGAGCGGGGGGGCGGCGGCGGGUGGGGCCCCCGGCGGCCGACGAGCUGGUGGCCCUGAUGAGGACCGUCUGCCAGAAGCAGACGCCUCACGCUGGCUUCCUGCAGUACGUAGAGGAGUGUCUGAACGAAGCCCCCCCCGACAGGGUCAAGACUCUAAAAAAGAAGAUCAUCCAGACCAUUCACGGCGUUUUGGAAGACGUUUAG